CUCUUCUUUCUUUCGACUCAUCAUCGCAUACAUCAGGGAAUAUUCGACGAUUCCGCCGCCUGUGCGAGUUGAUCCAGGCCCAGGUGUGCAGGAACAGCAAACCCCUGAUGCCCCCGGCAUCCCCUCGGACCCCGCGUCGGUACACCAACUCGACGUCAUCCUCGUCGCCGAAUAACGGGGCAACCCGAACCCGGCCCAGGCGAGACCACAGCAACAAACCCGGUGACGUGAGCGAGAGCUCGUCCUGCGGCUCCGACACGUCCGACAGACUGUCGUCUCUCAUGAUGGCUGCCCCCAACAACACGCCGUCGCACCACGUCGUCGGCAACAGCAGCAACAACAACGGCUGCCGGAAGCCCGGCGCUCAGACGGAUUCGGACUUUGAAAGUGAUGCUUCCUGCUUUGACACGCCAAAGCAUGCUCCAGCUCUGAUCCGAGGAAGGAAGUCUUCAUUUCCAUCGACCCCGCAUAAGGUCGCCAUCGGGAACGGGACAUCUGAUCAAGCGACACCUAACCAAGCUCAGGAAAACAAAGUCUGCUCCGAUGUCGCAGCGCCUCCACAGAGCCCGCCUACCAUAUCAACGCAUGUAGACCCUCUGAUGGGUGCAGAAACAGUGCUAGUCAACGGAACGAAGCCCACCACUCCUUCUCUCAAAUGACGUGCUAUUAUGCUACGACGAAGCGUGCUUCAUUUUUAUUUUCAGUACGUUAGGUUGAGUCUAUAGCAGCUUCGUGUCUUAGGAAGCUCGUCAACCAGCAGAGGGAGUCGCGUUCAGUUUCUCCCUGAUAAUAUAAUUGCCGUAAAACACUCACGUGAAGUUAUAUUUUCGAUUAGGUUCAGUGAUGGACGGAGUGACAGAAAUAAACACCGGAAGCCAGUUUUGUUCGAUUUCUCCGGCGCAAAAAAAAAACGGAGUUUAGGAUACCGUAUCCCUGAUGGUUCGCUAUUUUUCGCGGACGUGUGAAUUCAAAAAAAGGGGGAGUGUUUCCAAAGAGUAGCAGUGGGAGGAGGAGGAAUAAGUUGUGUGAUACCUUGUUCGAACAUUCCGUGAGAAGUGGUUGCAUGUGAGAACGGGAAGAUGUCACCCGAAAUUGUCAUGCGUCGAGGCACAUUCAGCAACACAGAAAACAAAAAGAGAGAAGGAAAGAGAAAGAAAUAAGCCAUUCCUGGUCUUCGCAACUGUGCUGGACAUUUGCAAACGGCAUUUUUGAUGAGUGAGAAAGUUGAAGCACGCGGCAUGUUGUAAAGUAUUAUUACCGAGGAAUUAAUGUGCAAUGAGAGUUUGUCUUUCCGAAGCGGUUUUUUGAUGAGUUGAUGAGUUAUUGUAUACUGACGUAUACGAGGAAAGAGUGCUUUUCUUUCUCCUCGUGCUGUGGAAGUCGUCGUCGCAAGUUUCAGUCAUAUGGGAUAGUCACGUUGUUUCCCCCCAUUAUACUGCAAUGCACCGGAUGAGCGGCAAAGUAACUUUUCCAUUUAAGAAAUACCCCCUUAGCUGGGGAAUUUAUGUUUGUUUCUCCUUCUAUGGUACACCCGGUUUAUCGAGGAAAAAACAAAAUUCAUCGCCCAGGUCAAUGGAUGACAUAACAAAAAUCUACCUCAUAUGAGAACGUUCCAUCAGUCCUCUGGUCAUCGACAUUUAAUCAAGGGAAUGCGAUGAAUUGCACUGUUUCUCCAUAAUUGAUUUUCAAAGCCCUUUUCAGGUACCGGAACUUCAUUAAGAGUACUGUACUUCAAAUCGGCAGUUUAAACUAUAAUAUGCGAAAUAACGAAACAGUAGAAUAAAAUGUCAACAACUCCCCGUCCGCGUUCGAGAAGGAAUAUUGUUCUGAAUUUGAAGGCUUACUGUUUAAAGUUAAUCAUGAAUUUGAAGAUUAUCGUUUUUGGAAAACUUGAAACUCAAUCAGAAAAAAGAAUGCCUAAAAGAAAUAUACCGGGAUAGUAUUUCAUGUGCAUAAAAGCGAUAAAGAGGUAAAAAUAUCUGUUCUGCUUGAUUGAAUUUUAAAUUAACUAUAGCAAAAAAAGUUUUCCAAAAUAUUCAAAACCCAGAAUGAACUGUGAGCUUUUCUCUUUAUACGACGCAUGUGGAAUAUUUCAAAAUUGGUUCGUGUUUCCUCUUUUCGAAAAUGCGUCUAUAUGAAGCAGUUUUUUUUUAAUGCAGUGCUGAUCCUCAGUGUUGAAAUAAUGUGUUAAAAAAAUUGAAAGUCAUUUAAUAGAGAAAUCUGCGUUAAAUUUACAUUUCCACAGCAAUCAGAGGCUGCUGUUGUACUCGCUAUUAUCUUUUCCAAACUCUGGACUCCCCUUGAUUGACAAUGUAACUGAAGACGAAAUAGUAUCUGCUGUGCUCCAUAUAGUUUGAAAUUUCCUUCAUGAAGAAGUCAUUACUGUAUUCAGCUGUUUUGCGAAUAAGAAGGGAAAACCCUCAUGACUGAAAAUCAGGCAUUAGGAUUUGUGUGAGAGGACCUUGUAGGGGAAGGGGAAGAAUCGCGUUGUUGAUUUUGCAUUCGGACGUUUUUUCCGCCGCAUUUGUUUUCAUCGGUAUGAUUUCUUACAUCAACUGAUCGGGCAUUUUCGAGCCGCGUGUUACGCAUAAGACACCAGGAGCGAAAUUGAAAAAAAAAAAUGUGACGACCACGUCGAGUGCAUUAAAAUGAGCUUCGAGGAAAAUAG